GAAUUUGAAAAGGCACUAUUUACUAGUGUCCAAACUAAUUUAGAAUUAAUUGGAUAUUAUAAUAAUUUGCAUGAUCAAUAUAAAGCAAAAAUUAGUCAUAUUAAUUCUAAACUUUUAAAAUAG